AUGGCCCGGCGAGCAAAAGAACCGGAUCUUGCGGUUGACCAAAAAGAGUACCAGAUAACAGAAGCAUUGGAAAGGAAGAGGAGACAGCUAGAUCUGGAUAUUGCAGAAUUCAAGGCGGAGAAAGAGAAUGAGUACAGGCUUUUCGAGCGACGAUUGAGAGGCAAGACCAAGGAGAAUGGUGUGCAAGAUGCACCACAAAGCCAACGCAAGCGCGGACGAUCUGAAUCAAAGAAUGCUGCAGCAGAAGCUGGUUCCAUGCAGAGAGAGGAGGCCAAUCAUGUGCAGAGAGAGUCGGGUGAUGAAAAAGCCAGUCGGAAGGGCUCAGACCCAGAAGCAGAAAAUCUGCUUGAUACAAUUCGAUCGAAGUCCAGUCCAGGAGGCUCUCCAGGUCGGCCAGACCGACCCACAGAAGUGUUGCAUGAGCGAGAAAAAGAGGUUCAAGGACUCUUCACGCCAAGCUAUCUUCCACUUGUGGACAAUACACCUACUGAUGAGGGGAACAUAUCCAAGGGAAAACCGCAAUCUCUAUCUUUCAAUCCUGGAAACCUAUGUGCAGCAAGGCACAACAGUAGCGCAAUGCUCUCGUCGUCAGCGGAGACCGUUCCCCCGCCCAUGACUUCUCCUCCUCUUCUACCUGCUAGGCCGCUAUCAUCCAGCGUUCCACCGGCGAAGCCUUCGCACCAUCGGAGUGAUUCUUUAAGAUCGGACAAUUCCUUUGCAAGCCUGCGGAGUAGUCUUCGAGAUCCUAAACAGCCUCGAUCUCCGAAGCGAGUCUUGUUUUCUAUUGACGAUACUCUCGUAUCACCGAGUACUUCUCCAAUUGCCCAACGCUCGAAGUCCGCGACGCCUAAGAAGCCGGCAGAUUCCGUUGACGCUGUUGGUGGCUUUGAGAAAUUCGAAGUCGUAAGGAACAAGAAUGGUUAUGGCCCUAUCGUCACUGGAUCCCAAAGCAAUGACGUCGAUUUCUUGUCAUCGAGCGCGCCAGCUAAGGGUUGGACGGCUAGCCUUUCGGCGUUUGAUGGUGCGGCAGUAAUGAAUCUCUCGAAGCCUUCGCCUUCCGCUAGUGGAGCAGACGGCUUUGAGCAUCUAGAAAAUGACGACCUCUUUACCUUCGAUGAGGAUAUGGGGUUGGCGGGCAGGAACAGACCUCAAGUCAAAGAUCCCGACGACGAGUAUGAUGAAGAUGUGGAGGUGAAGAGCAAGGACCCACUCACAGCCAGCUCUCCACAUGCCGGAAGUCUGCCGAUCGAGAUCAAGUGGCCGGGCAGACGGGAGGAUAGAGGCUAA